GUAAUAAUUCCUCUUUAAAUAUGUUAUAUUAUAACACUAAAUAACUAUUAACUGCAAACCGCAACAACAACAAGUAACAACUAUCAGCGUAAAUAAUUUCGAUUAAAAUUUAUAACAUCUAAUAUAUAUUACAACAGCUUGCAUCAACAGUUAGAAAAAUAUAACACAACAGUUUAAUUCAUUGAAAAAUUAUAACAGUUUAGCCCACCUCUACUCAGGACGGACGUUGUGUGCCUCGCUCGCACGCGUCAUGGAUAAGGAGCUGUGCUUGAAACUUAUCGAGCAAUAUGGGAAUUACAAACUUCUUUGGGACGCGCAAUGUCCACAAUACACAAACAGGGGAUUGCGGGAAGAUGCAUGGAGAAAUUAAGCAGAGAAAUGAAUCUCCCAGUAAAAGAUCUGAAAAAGAAGAUGGAGUCUUUGAUGGGAUCAUACCGAAGAGAAAAAUCAAGGGAGAAAAAAAGCCGGGUUACAGGAUUAGGUCGUGACGAGGUGUAUACUUUAACAUGGUAUGCAUAUGGAGCUUUCAGCUUUAUGGGAGAUAGAAAUGAUCCAGGUCACACCCAAGAUACUUUUCAUACGCAAGAAGACAUUCAGGAAGAAGUACAACAUAUUGACAAUGAACAAUCGCAGAGGCAAAAUAACUCCAAUGAAGCACCAUGUGAUGAAAGCAGGAAUGAAACUCAAGAAUCAACUAGAGGACUGGGACAACAACAAGAAAUUCCAAAAAGAAGAGCUAAAAAGAGAUCUGCAGCUGUACAAGAGAUAUCAGAUAAUACUAUAACCGAAGCAUUUAAACUUUUGGAACAAUGUGUAGGCGACGCUAAUGUUCCGCAGCCCCGUGCAAACGAUUCAGAUGAUGCUUUUGGGCAAUACAUUGCUCACGAACCAAGAAAAUACGACAAUUAUACUUUAGCGCAUGUAAAAAAUUCUAUCUGUAGGAUCAUUUUUGAAACAGAUACUGGUGCACAACAACAUUAUGUGCCAAACACAGGUUACUAUACUCACACCUACGGUUCAGCAUAUUCCACUUCAGGUAACUCUUGUUCUAUCCCUUCAAUGUCACCGAUGCCUCCUCCGCCGAUACAUUCUAGCUCACCAAUGCCUUCUCCGUCACCUUCUACCUCACCAAUGCCUCCUCCGCCGAUACAUUCUAGCUCACCAAUGCCUUCUCCGUCACCAAUACCUUCUAUCUCACCAAUGCCUCCUCCGCCGAUACAUUCUAUUUCAUCAAUGCCACCUCCACAUAAUGAAUAAAUAGAUUUAAAAAAGUCUUUACGUGUUGCAAUAUUCUUAGAUAUAUAAGUAAAGAUUAUAGUUAGCAAUGUGUGAGUAAAUAUGAAUAAUUACAAAAAUUUGUGAGUAACAAUAAACAUAACAAUAGGUAAAAAAGCAACGAUUAAAACAAUGUCUGAUUAUAUAAA